GUCUUUAGUUAUCACGGGAAGGGACGCAUCUUGGUAGACGCAUGUCAACAAACGAGAGGGUGGACCUUUGAUUACGCGUUAAACGCGUUCAAACUUGGCUUUCUCUCUCUCUCUCUCGAAUCCUCUCGAGGAAGGUGAUUUCUUUGGCGAAAGGCGAUAUUGAUCGAUUAUGCAUGUCUUCGAUCAAGCCUCUUCUUGUUAUGAUCGGUGGGGAAAGGCGAUUGAUCGGGGGUUCCUGCAGUGGCUCGGCUAUAAUCAAAAGUGUAUCGGUGGCGACGGAGCUCUCCUCGAGGGCGCCGGAGCUCUCCUCGAGGGCGCCGGAGCUCUCCUCGACGGCGACGGAGCUCUCCUCGAUGGCGAUGAAGCUGUCUCUCGGUGGCGACGGAGCUCUUUCACGGUGGCUCUCCUCGAAUCUCAAACCGGCUGCGUGGAUCCACGGUACAAAAGGAAGGAACCUCAAAGCAGUGAACCGCAAAGCAGAGCAAUACAGGUUAUUGGACUCUUUGCAACUCACGGAUUCUGUCUUGGACUAUCUUGCAACUCUCUUCUCUCCCUUCUGUCACAGACCAGCAAAGAAACUUUGGCAUCAUGUUGUUGUUUGUCACGGAUUGUGGUUUCUGUUUGUUUGUAGUAUCAGGUCUUGUCAAGACCUCGUGUUGUACUCUCUUGUCAAGAACUCGUGUUGUAGUCACUUUCAUGUCACGGACUUUUGUAUUUUACUCUGUUGUACUCUCUUCUCAAUAACUCGUGUUGUAUUAUCUCAU